AGACAUUGUAAAGGUUUCCACUACACAGCACAGGGGCUUUGCUUGUAAACACAGUGGCACAUGCUGUUGUUUCAUAAUUCAUGUGCUGGUCCUGCUCAGUGCCCCUCCUUUAUUAGAUUUGUUCAAUUGCCUCCUUUGCUACGUGAACCAAAAAUAGACCCUUCUUUCCCCCUUAAAAAGUUGUCCUCUUCACAUUCAACCCAAUCUUCUGUUACUCUUCAACUCGCCUUCACUUAGCUUUUCUCCUAUACCCAUUUUUUGUAUCAGAACUCGCUUUUAAAAUCUCAUUAAGGCUUGAUAAAAGGGUCUUUUUUUUUUUAUGCCUUUGGCCAAGACCAUUUUGGCAUCCCACGUUGCUUAAGCUCAUUCUUUAUUCCGUUGCCUUUAUUGAUCGAAUCUGACCAAUGAGUUUGCUGCAAUACUCUUGAUUGAAUAUAGGGACGGGUUUAAUUAAAUUCUUGAUUUGGGUGUCAAAAGAUUUGGGCUUUUUAUCUGUUCCCACUUGUGGAUUCAAUCUCAGGGGAUAGGUUGAUUUCAUUUCCUGUGGAAGAGAAGGGUAAAAGAUGCGGCGGCGGGCGGCCGAUUAUCGGCGCCCGGUUCGAAGGAGGCUAUCUUGUUGGAUCUGGUCGCUUCUUGGAAUAUUCACAAUUGCAGGUUUCGUUUUGUUUGUAGUUCAUCAUCACCAGGAUCACGUCGAACAACCUAUUUUGGAAAGUGAGUCCAGGAAUGAACAGGUUGUGCAUGAGCGUCUGAAUCUCACACAAGAAAUGUCAAGUGUUAAUUCAUACGCCAGACAAUUAGCAGAGCAAAUGACACUAGCCAAAGCUUACAUCAUUAUAGCAAAAGAGCACAAUAACCUUCAUCUUGCGUGGGAGCUAAGUUCAAAGAUAAGAAGUUGUCAAUUUUUACUAUCAAAGGCGGCAAUGAAAGAAGAACCCAUUUCUCUAGAUGAAGCUGAGCCGAUCAUACGAAGUCUAUCUUCCCUCAUCCUUAAGGCGCAGGAUGCCCAUUAUGAUAUUGCUACAACUAUGAUGACAAUGAAAUCACAUAUUCAAGCUCUUGAAGAGCGUGCUAAUGCAGCAUCUGUUCAGAGUAUGAUGUUUGGACAGUUAACAGCUGAGUCCCUGCCCAAAAACCUGCACUGCCUAGAAAUCAAGCUCAUAGCUGACUGGCUUACAAGAAAGUCGCUGCAGGAUUUUGCAGAUGAGAGGAGAAACUCACCCCGUUUAGUGGACAAUAACUUGUAUCACUUCUGCAUAUUUUCAGAUAAUCUGGUGGCUGUUUCAGUAGUUAUCAACUCAACCGUGGCCAAUGCUGAUCACCCUAAGCAGCUUAUUUUCCAUAUUGUAACAGAUUCAAUACACUACGGACUGAUGCAGGCUUGGUUUCUGAACAAUGACUUCAAAGGUUCUACAGUAGAAGUACAGAAUAUUGACAACUUCGCUUGGUUGAAUUCGUCUUAUUCUCCUGCUGUAAAACAGCUAUUGGCGGCAGACUCCAGAAAGUAUUAUUUUGACGGAUCUAUGGAUACAAGUAUCGAGCCAAAGUUCCGGAAUCCGAAGUAUAUAUAUUUGUUGAAUCACCUUCGGUUUUACAUUCCAGAGAUGUACCCCCAGUUGGAGAAGAUUGUCUUUCUUGAUGACGACGUUGUAGUUCAGAAAGAUCUGACACCUCUCUUUUCACUGGAUUUGCAUGGAAAUGUGAAUGGAGCAGUGGAAACUUGUCUUGAAGCUUUUCAUCGUUAUUACAAGUAUCUCAAUUUCUCAAAUCCACUCAUAAGCUCUAAGUUCGAUCCCCAGGCCUGUGGAUGGGCAUUUGGUAUGAAUGUUUUUGAUCUGAUUGCGUGGAGGAAAGCAAAUGUUACUGCUCGAUAUCAUUACUGGAUAGAACAAAAUGAUGAUAGGACGAUUUGGAAGCUGGGAACCCUUCCACCUGGGCUAUUAGCUUUUUAUGGUAUGACGGAGCCACUUGAUCGGAGGUGGCACGUGUUGGGAUUAGGCUAUGACGCGAAUGUUGACAAUCGCCUGAUAGAGAGUGCAGCGGUGAUUCACUUCAAUGGAAACAUGAAACCAUGGCUUAAGUUGGGCAUUAGCAGGUAUAGGCCUUUGUGGGAACGGUAUGUAAACCAGACGCACCCAUACCUUCAGGAUUGCGCUACACAUUGAAAUGUUAUACUUUUCGAGUACUGAGUCCCCAUUCUUAAAGUUCUAGGAUUGUAUUUUACAUCAUUGUAGAGUUAGAAAUAGACAAUUUUGCCCUAGUAGAGAUUCUUACCUAGUCUUCUUUCAGUUAAGUAGAGUGAAAAAGGAAUAUGAUAUUAUAUACUAGAGCAAUUCUCUGUCUCUACAAAUGGUAGAAAAUAUUUUUCAAACAAUUUUGUAAUAAUCUUGUUCCUUUGAUCACAUCUAGGUAAAUAUUUAUCUUCGUUCUUUUGUUGAUCUA